AAAGGGGAAGGGGGGGUCUGGGCACUUAGGUUGGAAGUUGGAGGCGCGAUGGGGAACGAGCGCUGGAAAACCAUGGGAGGAGCCUCCCAACUUGAGGACGGGCAGCAGGAGAAAUCGCAGAGGAUGAGCUGCGGGUACAUCUUGUGCACCGUCCUGCUCUCGGUGGCCGUCCUCCUGGCAGUGACGGUCACAGGGGCCAUCCUCUUCAUGAACCACUACCACACGCCCGUCACCGAAUCACCCCCCGUCAUCAGCACCAACCCCGAGGAAGCCAACGCGCUGGUCACCAUCGAGAAAGCCGACAGCUCCCGCAUCAACAUCUUCAUCGACCCCAACUGCCCCGACGCGGCGGGCACCUUCGGGCGCCUGGAGGGGCUGCAGACCUCCCUGCUGCGCGCCGUCACCGACCACGAUGCCGAGGCCAAGGCUACCAAAAGCCAGCAGAAGGCCUUGCUGGUCACGGUGGCGGACGAGGUGGCCAAGCUGCUGACGCACGCCGUGCAGCUGCGCGCCGACUGCGACGGCCUCAAGAAGGGGCACAGCGCCAUGGGGCAGGAGCUCAGCGCCCUGCAGGGAGAGCAGGGCAGGCUCAUCCAGCUACUCUCAGAGAGCCAGACCAACAUGGCUCGGCUGGUGAGCUCCGUCAGCGACGUCCUGGACACGCUGCAGAAGGAACGCGGCGGUGCCCGGCCCCGGCUCAAGGCCGACCUGCAGCGAGCGCCGGCCAGGGGAGCGCGGCCCCGGAGCUGCUCCAACGGCUCCCGGCCCCGAGACUGCUUUGACAUCUAUGCGAAUGGACAGCAAGAGGAUGGGAUUUACUCCAUCUUCCCCACACACUAUCCCUCCGGCUUCCAGGUCUACUGCGACAUGACAACGGACGGGGGCGGCUGGACGGUGUUUCAGCGGCGGGAGGACGGCUCUGUGAACUUUUUCCGCGGCUGGGAAGCCUACCGGGAUGGCUUCGGGAAGCUGACGGGAGAGCACUGGUUAGGGCUGAAGCGCAUCCACGUGCUGACGGUGCAGGGCAGCUACGAGCUCCGCAUCGACCUGGAGGACUUCGACAACGGCACUGCCUUCGCCCACUACGGCAGCUUCGGCGUGGGGCUCUUCUCCGUCGACCCCGAGGAGGACGGGUACCCCGUCUCCAUCGCCGACUACUCGGGAACGGCAGGCGACUCCUUCCUGAAGCACAACGGGAUGAAGUUCACCACCAAGGACCUGGACAACGACCACUCGGAGAACAACUGCGCGGCUUUCUACCACGGCGCCUGGUGGUACCGCAACUGCCACACCUCCAACCUCAACGGGCAGUACCUCAAGGGCCACCACAGCUCCUACGCCGACGGCAUCGAGUGGUCCUCCUGGACCGGCUGGCAGUACUCCCUCAAGUUCACCGAGAUGAAGAUCCGGCCCGUCCGGGAGGAGAAUUAGCUGGAUGGCAUGAGCCCCCCCACCCCGUGCCCAGCCCCAUGCCCGUCCCCCCCCCACCCCGCAGCCCCAUCCCCCCGGCUGCCAUCCUCCCCAUCCUCCCCAAGGGCUGGCCCGUCUUCGAGGGGCUCCUGGGGAGCACCUGCCCCUGGCGAGGGUGGCUUUAGCUCCCGGGCACCCGUGGACAUCACCGGACCUUUGCUUCCUACCGCCACGGCUCCCCUGCAGCCAAAACGGGUCUGCUGGCCGGAGCGUGACCCACGGCCGGUGCUCAUGGCUGCGGCAGAGAGGGCAGCGGGAUGCGGGGAUUUGGGGAGCGGUGCCCAGCGGGGUCCAGCAAGGAAAAGAAGGGGCAGCCUGGAGGGAGGAGGGCAGGCGGGAGGAAGGGAUGCAGCAGCCCAGGCAGGCUGGGCACCUCUGCUCAUCUCCGCUUCGGGCACAGACACCCAGCAGUGGCCUCGCCAAGCUGGCAAGGGACUAGGGGACACUCGCCGUGGGGAGCCCCGAGCCCCACAAAGCCCCCAGGACUGGGACGAGGCUGCUGCUCCACAGUUCCAGCUCACCCCAUGGUGCUACUGGGAAUGGGGAGGGCUCGGCUGAGUUGCAGCCUGCGCAGAUGUCUGACCGUGCCAGUGAUUCCUUCUCCGGUCUGCAAAAUGCUCACCUCUCCCCCUGCAAGAGCAGUGCAGCUGGAAAGGGACAACUACAAACUCCUUUGUCCCCAUUGUCCCUGUCCUGGCUCCUGGAGCCUUGCCAGUGGGUCGGGACACCCCAAAGCAAGCCGGCACGGUGCUGCAAGGACGCUCACCCAGAACUGAGUACGGCAUGGAGCUGUUUUGGCAGCGCUGGGGAAACGGGGAGCACAGCAAGGAGGAGGAGGCGAGGAAGGCUCGCUUCCCGGCACGGCUCUGCCUGCAUUUCCCAGCUCCUCCCUCCCAACCAGGUCCACUCGGAUUCACAUCGGACUUUCACCAUCCAAAAGCUGUGACCUUUCCCAAAACCCUUGGCUUUGGAUAGUACACCCACGUGCCCCCGUGUGAGCCCCCACCGCUCGCUCCCGGCCUGGGGACCCGCAUUCAUUUUCACCCAGGAUGAGCCGCGCUCUGGCUCGGCACCUGCAGAUAUUCAAAGCCUUUCAUUUCUUCAAAUCCCAUUAAGGUUUUGCAAAAAGAAGCCCUGAGUGGGGCUUAGCAUCUGCAGGGCCCUGAUAACCGGGCGGCAGGCGAUGCCUCGUGCUGGCCGACCCAAGGAGGAGCUGCCACGGGGUGUGGGGCUGACUUCUUUCUCUGGCUCCCUGGAAGGACUCAAAUGGGGGCUUUUGUCUGAAAAAAAAACCAAAACCAAGCUUGAGUGGACUGUGUAGGAAUGGGGAGGGGGGGACAGCCGGGACCCUGCCACGCUUUACAUGAUGUUCUGCCUGUGCCGCAGCAGCAAUGGGGAGCAGAGCCCCCCAUGCCACACCGUCGGACGGACAGACUGCCCGAGGAUGGGAGGAAAGCUCCCACCAUCCCCAUUUCCAGGGGGGGGUUAAGGCAUGGGAAGAUCAAAGGCUCAUCUUCCUGGCUGUGGCAGAUUUGUACUUCCCUACAUGCUUCUCUUCCUUUUUUAAUCCUUCGCCACCUCGGAUCCCGUACUGGAUGAGCCCUUUUGCCUGCCGGGGGUCCCCAUCUGUCUGUCCUGCCAGGGAAAUGGGGACACACAAUGCCCUGGGGAUCACUGCAGCUUUCCCCUCUGCCAGAGACAUUCCUUAGAGCCCUCGGGUGAGGACGAGCUCCGAGCGCAGGCAUCAGCUCUACCUGCUCCAUCCCUGCCCGGAGCAGGCGGCCAGGCUGGCUUUCUCGAACGAUGGGAUUUGGGGGAGCUCGGCGGUGGCAUUUCCCAGCCAGCACAAGAACAGAAGCCCCCAGCAGCUUCCAAGGGGCUUCCUGCGCCCCGCCGGACCCCUCCGGAAAGGGUCCCACGCAGGCGAGGAGCACAACGCCCACCUUUACUUUUUGUUCAUUUAUUUCAGUGGAUUAGCUGUAGCUGGGUUUUCUAGCACUUGCCUUCGGGACAAGAAGGCACAUGGAGCCGUGUGCCCCGGGCGGGAAGGCUCGUCCCCUCCCUGGACCCCUGCGCCGGUGUUUUUCUGUGCCGGGGAGGGGAUGUUGUACGUGCAGUUUGUCAGUAGCACACCCUUGUGUAACUGCCUGUGUCACCCAGGACUCCCUAAUGACUUUGUUUUGACUUGCACGAGAGGUAUUUAAUCCAUGCCGAGACGCAGGAUUCCCAGGAUUAUUCCCGAGAGCGCACGCGUUACUCCGCAGCCCCGGAUUAGGCUAAACCCAUCCGUGGUGACACCUCCCCGGAGAAGGGUGGGCAGGGGUGGCCGGGGGGUCUGGGACCUGGCCGCGUACCUUCCCGACGAAGCCCUGGGCCGGGUCGUGGUGUGUAGCAGUGCCGUGAAGUCUAGGUCGUGUGUGAGUGGUGUCCAACGCUGUACAUGUGGACUUUCUAAACUCCUUAAUAAAAGGAACUCAUCGUUA